AAGAAGCGAGGCGUCCGCGGCCCCUUCAAGACCACAGAGGAACGUCUUGAAACCGGUCUGACUCGGCAGAUUGGGACUUGCAUUAGGUGCAUCAAGCAAAAGGCGCGCUGCGUUCGAGAUCCCGACAACCCAGACGGCGAAUGCUUGACCUGCAAGCGUGUCUCUGCUCCGCGGUUAAUCCAUUACCCCUGUCUCCGAAAAAGGUUGACUGACACGUCUUAUGUAACUGCAAAGUCCGAUCCAGGAUUAUUCUGGACAAAGAGAUGG